UGCUCAUGUCCAUGUCAUACAUUUUCAUUUCUAACCCUUUUUUGGACGAUAAAACCAUACAAAUUCCUGCAUUUGUACCCUUUAAUAAAGUCGCAACAAGCAUGGCAACAGUUUAGUUGUCCAAUAACUGUUAAGAAAAGCACACGUCUUAUAAAAUAAUCGCCGCAAUUAUCUCAGUCUCAUUUAGCAAAUUAAGAGAUUCUCUAGUGUUUUAGUGAAAAAUCGAAAUAUUAGUACGUUAUACUUUCAAAGAAAUCACGAUAUAAUGGACAAGCGCAAGAUAACGAGCUGCGAUAUGGUGGUCACAAAUGAGCUGAUUCUGCGAAAUAUAUUUGACUUUCUCCCCAUCCGAGACUUGAAGAAUGUUCGGUUAACGAGUCACUUGUGGAAGGACGUUUGCUGCCCAAUAUUUCAAAGAAAGUCAAUUGUAAAGCUGAACGAAAAUGUCCACCUUGAAGGUUCCGUUAUGGACAACUUUCUAGAGAAAUUUGCCACCAUUCCUAGCACUCGAGUACUGUUUAGAAAUUACAAAAUUUCCUUGUUCAACUUUGACUUCAAUUGUGAUGCAAUGGAUGCUUUCUGGGAGAAAUUUGGUCCAUCGAUGGAAUCUCUGCAGAUAGAAUGGGUCCGCUUUGUUGGGGUAGACAUUGUUCGAGACAUUUUUUUCAAUCUUACACCAAACUUGAAACACCUCAGCAUUAAGGACUGCAGUUUCUACGAAAAUUACGGAGGAGAACGACCUGGUUUAAGGAUUUACAAGCAGGUUGCUGAUGUCGAUGAAAAUGUUCCAGUCAACCCGAAUUUAAUUUCCAUGCACUUUUGUGGAGGAGAAAAGCACACAACUCUUCCAAUUAGUUGGGAGGAAAUCUUUCGAGGGUUUCCUAACAUUAGGGAUUUAUCCUUCUAUAAUAUCUCUGCUGCUGAUACUGAUGGCAUUAUGCAAAUUGCCAAGUCUCUGCGAACCAAAAAUCCUAGAAUUAUGCAGCUCGAAAAGUUAAACAUCUUCAACGGUGACUAUGCUACUGGUGAAAUUGUCGUUCCCAUCAUGGAUAAUUUAAUUUCACUCAAGUUAUUCCUGCGAGAACUGUCCAUUGAUCUUGGAGCCACAGUAAAUUUCCAUCGGACUUCACUACUCCUCCAACAGCAACGCAAUGCGAGGAAGAUGAUUCUUUAUCGUGGGCCUCUUGGAACUCCGAUGAAAAAAUUCCCAUUUGACAUAAUCUUUCCAAACUUACAAUAUCUUGAGAUGACUGAGACAGUCGCGGAUUGUAUGGAAUUUCUUCAGUUUAUGCCCAAUCUCAGCACCCUCGCAUUGAAAGAACCCCCAGAAGUCGAACCUCCAUUCCUUCCCAUCGAUACGAUCGCUAAAACUGACAUGAACUUUACCAAGAUGCCUUUGCAAACAAAACUUAGCACGCUCAUAGUUGAAUACGACAUAUCGAGUGCGGACGUGCGGAAGCUGGUUUUCUGGUUCCCUGCCGUUGUGAAGGCCAGGCUGUACCUCGACAACGACGCCUUUCGAACGGUUUGCGGGGAGUGGAGAAAGUUGGAAGAGCUGGAAGUUUUAGGAGAGCGACUUGACACCGAAGGCAUCACAGGGAUCCAGGAGACGAGAAGUGGGGAAACUCCCGUCAAGAAAUGCAACCCCAUCAACAUCAAAGAGUUGAAAUACUUGAGGAAGUUUAUCAUGGUGAACUACAAAAUCUCCACGACCAUUGAUGAUGUGUGCGUUAACGAAGGAUUCAUGAAAAUGCCUCAUUUAAAUUACUUGGAGCUCUGUACCAAGCACAUUUCUGAAAAAGGGUGGACAAAAUUGUUUAACUGGGCUCAACUUCGAACUCUUAUUCCCACUGACGGGCGAUGGGACUCGGAGGUCAAAGCUUUUGAAAAAGGCUGCUACCAACUAAAAUCGAAUCGGAUCGGGACUUGACUUUCUUUUAACCCUGAGUGACAGUACAAAUAUAACUAUCUCACAAGUUUUAAUAUUAUGACAGCUUCUUAAUGGAAGUAUAAAUCCGUGCAUGAAUAAAGGUCUUUUAACUACUGACAAUA